AGCGCCUUGAGGACCGCGAAGCUGAGUGCCUCGCUUGCGUCGAGAAUCAAGACGAAAACCAUCAACAACUCUUCCACUCUUUUCAAAGUCUCCCUAAAGCAUAACAAUAAAGCACUGGCCCUGGCCCUCAACGAACAAAAAGCCAACGCGCAGCGGCUCACCCAGGAGAGGGCUGCCCUACAGAGGGAGCUGGAGCAGUGCCAUUUCCAGAACGCCGUGUUGCGGCACAAGCUCUCUGCCAUGGAUAAAACCUUGACAGAAUUUGAAAAUCUUAUGGCUCCAGUGGUGGCUUGGCUGUCUAAGUUGCAUACAAGUUCUGCAUCCUUAUGCAGUGGUCAGAAGAGCAGCUGUGUUGAUGAGACUGUAGAUGGUCAGCUUCUGAGGGCAAUAGGGAUGCCAAUGAGGGUGCCCAUUUCCAAGCCAUGUCAUGAAGAGCAGCAAGGUAUCAGCUCCACAGCAGUACAGACAUCCUUGCUAGAGCUUCAGAUACCUGCUUCUAAUGAGCCCUUGAAAAGCAUGCCUGUUGCCUCCAAAGAUACUUUGCCACCACAGCCUGCUGAGAAGCCUAAGUGCCAGCAGGAAGAGGAUGGGAAGAAAUUGACUGAAGCAGUGGAAACACCAGAGGCUUUUCUUGACUCUUGCAUCCUCGGAGAAAACUUGAGUUAUGUCCAGACAGAAUUUGAAGGGGAUGAAAAUGUACCUCCCAGGUCUGUCCCUGGGAGAAAAGCUAGCAAAAUCCCCAGAGCUGCUAAGCGCAAUCUAGAGAGUAAUAAAAAACAGACAGGGGAUCUUCAAGAAAAGGAGCAAGCCAAAACUGGCAACAACACUAAUGCUUUGAGCCAAGAGACCUGUUGCAAAUCCAAGCCUCAGAGGAAGAGGAAAAGCUCUAAACCUCCAGAGACUGAUUCCCUGGCCAGACAAAGUGAUGGUGCCAGGGUUCAUAUUGAAAGUUCAACGGAACUUGCAGCCAAGCAAACUGUCCUGAUGGGGAAGUUUUCCUGCAUUACCGAUCUGCUGUCUGACCAAGAUGGCAUACUGGAGGAACAGAUACCUGAGAUAUGGCUUACAAAUCAACUUAUGGACCUUCCACAGAGUCUUGAAUCCUCCUCUUUGACCCAUUCUGAAGCUUGGUCUGCCAGCUCCAGGCUUACAGAUGCAGCAGCUUGCAAGAGCUUAAGUAACAAGGGCAACAGGACGCCAGUGAAAUUCCCUGUUCAGCCAAAAUGCUCCCUGAUAGUUAAAGAAAAGACUGCAGAGGAAAUACCUGUGGAAAGAAACCAGGCUCAGUCAAGUUCUCAGAGCUCACCUUCACAGGAACCUGAAUUAAAGAUCAGUCUCCAGUACACCAUUUAUGCUUCCACCUGUACUGAGAUCAGGCCAUUACAGGAUUUGAACAAUACCAGAAUUGUGUCUUCCACCAGCUUGGAAGAAGAGUCAGGGUCUUCAACCAGGCGGAGACGGAACCCAGUCUGCUAUAAAGAGCCAAAACUCAACAGCAAACUGAGACAGGGUGACCCAUUUACAGACACCAAGUUCCUCUGCUCUCUGCUCAACAAAACACAAAAAAAACCUGUCAAAGCCAAGAAAAUGACCAAGAAGAUCAAGGAGGAAAACCAAAGACUUCCUGAAGGAUGUCCCAGUGCUCAGGCAAGCAAGUUUAUGACAGCAAGAAGCAGUCUGGAUUAA